AUGGCUAACGAUUCGACACAUACGCAAUCACAAGUCUACCUCUCUACAAGAGGUGGUGACUAUGGUCUCGAUUUCGAGACCGUUGUCCUAAAGGGUCUGGCUGCCGAUGGCGGUCUUUUCCUCCCCCACGAGAUUCCCGCUGCGACAGAAUGGCAAAGCUGGAAAGAUCUCUCCUACCAGGAGCUUGCCUUCCAGAUCUUUAGCCUCUACAUCUCCCGAAGCGAAAUCCCCGCCGACGACCUACAAGGAAUCAUCAACCGAAGUUACUCGACGUUCCGCGCCGAAGAAGUCACCCCUCUCGUCCAAUUGAAGGACAACCUACACCUUCUCGAGCUCUUCCACGGUCCUAGUUACUCCUUCAAGGAUUGCGCUCUGCAAUUCCUCGGUAACCUUUUCGAGUACCUUCUUGCGCGAAAGAACGAGGGCAAGGAGGGCAAGGACCGACACCAUCUGACUGUCGUUGGUGCGACAAGUGGUGACACCGGAUCCGCUGCCAUCCACGGUCUUCGAGGAAAGAAGGAUGUCUCUGUUACCAUCCUGCACCCCAAGGGUCGCGUCAGCCCUAUCCAGGAGCUCCAAAUGACUACCUGCACUGACGCCAACGUUCACAACCUUGCCGUUACUGGUACCUUUGACGAUUGCCAGGACAUCGUCAAGGCUCUCUUCGGUGACCCCGACACCAACGAGCACCUCAAGCUCGGCGCCGUCAACUCCAUCAACUUCUCCCGAAUCCUCGCUCAGAUUGUCUACUACUUCUACUCCUACUUCUCCCUCGCCCGAAAGGACCCCAACUUCAAGGUCGGCGACAAGGUCCGCUUUGUUGUGCCCACAGGAAACUUUGGCGACAUCCUCGCUGGUUACUUUGCCACCCGCAUGGGUCUCCCUGUCGACAAACUUGUUAUCGCGACUAACGAGAACGAUAUCCUUGACCGAUUCUGGAAGACCGGAAAGUACGAGAAGCAGCCCGCCAAGGGUCCUGAGGCCGAGGGUGGUCUUGAGGUUGAUGGUGUCAAGGCUCACGAGGAUGGCGUCAAGGAGACACUCAGCCCUGCUAUGGACAUUCUAGUGUCCAGCAACUUUGAGCGCCUUCUGUGGUUCCUCGCUUACGAGUUUGCCGAGUCUGUCGGCAUGGAUGUUGAGUUCAACCGAAAGCAAGCCGGUCAAGAAGUCGCCACAUGGCUCAAGGACCUCAAGAACAAGGGUGGUUUCGGUCCCGUCUACGUUGAUGUUCUCAACAGCGCCCGCAAGACCUUCGAGAGCGAGCGUGUCAGCGACCCCCAGACUCUCGAGACCAUCAAGGAUAUCUACGAGCAGAUCAACUACGUUCUCGACCCCCACUCCGCCAUCGGCGUCAACGCUUCCCUUCGAUCCAUUCAGCGCGCCGAGUCCAUCCCCCACAUCUCCUUGUCCACCGCUCACCCCGCUAAGUUCGCCGGCGCUGUCGAGCUGGCUCUCAAGGACGAGAAGGACUUUAACUUCAACGAGAAGGUUCUUCCUGAGGAAUUUGCCGGACUUGAGAAAUUGCCUAAGCGUGUUUCUGAUGUUUCAAAUGAUUGGAAGGCUGUGAGGGAGCAGGUCAAGCAGCAGGUUGAGAAGGAGCUUAAUGGAGAGCGUUAA